GUAGAAGAUAUUUUCUAAUAGUAGUUUACAUUUAAACAUUAUAGUGAAGUAUUACUUGGAGAUUAUUUUCAUAGACAUUUAUUAUGUCAUAUUAAUUAUUAACAAUUGAAUAUAUUUAAUUGAAUUUCUAUUAAUUAUGUUGGUAAAUAACUAUACUGUAAAAACAUAAUCUCAAUUCGAUUUCUAUUAUAUGAAUACAGUGUAUUUGAUUUUAAUUCGUAUUUUAUCAAUGACUACACAACGGUCAGUAUUUCGACGAAGACGUUCAUCAUCUUUAUCAACAAUAAAUACUAAUUAUUCAGAUGAUGAAGAUUUUUGGUCUGCAUCUUCUUCAAGAAAAACAUCAAAAGAUUCAGAAUAUAAGAAGAAAAUAAGUUUGUCAGCUGUUCAAUCAUCCAAUGAAUUAUAUAUUAUGAAUCCUAAUGAUAUAUCAAAUGAAAUUGAGUAUUCACGUGAAACUUUAUACAACUACAAUGAGUCACACACAGUAAGAGAAUCUCGAACAAACUCUUUUCAAUUCGAUAAUAUUAUGUGUCGACGACAAUCAGUUAGUCUGCCUGGAUUUCAUGAAGGAUUGAAUUCUGGUAAAUUAGUAUCAAGAUUAAGUUUAGUUGGUGAUGAACUUGAAGAGAGUUUAAAGAAAUCAAAAAACUUACAUGAGAUGAGCAGUAAAAGAAGAUGGACUAUAUUUGAUUGUUCAACAUCAAAACCAGAAUAAUACUAAUGAUAAUAAUCCGCUUUAUAAACAAUGAAGAUAUGAAUACAAUGUCAGUAACUGAAUCACAUUGUUGAAGCAUUAAUUUAUUGAACUGUCUUUCAAAUAAACUGUAUUCUUAAUUAACUUUAUUUGUGCACAAUAAUGUAAAAAGUAAACUAAUGAGUUAUUUAUUUUUCCCAUAUUUACAAAAUACACUUCAUUCCUCUAGUAACAAAUCUGAUAUGCUUUUUUUUUAAAAAAAAUCAAUCUUUAAUCAUAACAAUAUGAACAAACUUAUCAAUUGUAUCCUGUAUAAAAAGCACAUGGUAACUAUUAAUUAAUGAAUAUUGUACUUUCCUGCGAAAAAAAAUCAUUUCAAAGAUGAGAAUUUUACAAAGAAAACUUUUUUCUUUAUAAAAAAAGAUUUAUUUAUUUGUCACCAUUAAGAUAAUUCGAACGAUUUACCAUUGAAAUGAAUAAGGAAUCAAAUUAAUUUUCUUGAAAUAUAGUUGAAAAUUGGUAUGAAAGUACACUGAGAUGAUGUAUCGAUUUAAUGAAGUUCCACGACUAUUCGGUUGAUGCUAGUUCGUGAGGAAGAGAAAUUGAGCUGGUUUCCACAAAUCCGUUCACAUGUAGUCACCAGUAAUUAACUGCAAGAUUAGCGACCGAAGUUGCAUUGAGGAGCCAUGACUGAAGAGAUGUGAUCAUAUCAAGUGUAAGACAAUUACUUACUGAUGACAUCAAGUGUUUUUUCACACUCAAUUACAAAAUAACUGGAAUUAAAAGUAUAAACUUUUGAAUUUUAUUGCCAACACACUUGUUGUCAUACCUGAAGGUCUUGAAUUCGAUCCCUGACAUGUUUGUAUUUGUGCACGGUUAAGUAGUUUAAAACUAUAGUAAAAAUCUCCAUUCAGUAUUCUCAAGUAUCUAACGGUUUUCCAACUUAUGUUAGCUCAUAAUGUAAGCUAUCUGUACAUUUCAUUAAUACUGGUCUUCUUAUUGUAGAAUAUGGUUGAAUAAGAUAUCUUAUAAGCCUUUCCAUGUUCAACAUACUAACCUC